AGAGCACCUGUCAUACGUUCCAGCAUCAACAACUCUUAGGAAGGAAAUAUGUUAUCAUUUUUUGGAACAUUUUCUGCCUGGAAUAACUUUUAAAACGUAAAAUUCGGAUGGUAUGUUUGUAAUUAAGUAUGUGGAGCAUACAUUUUCCGAUUCUGACUGGAAUUCUAUUGUCAUUUUACCAUGGAAUAAAUGCAAGUGCUAGUCUUAGAAUUGAUCGGCAGUUUCCAUUGGGUGUCAUUGGCUGCCUGUUUUCCCGUGAUAUUUGUGACAGCAGGCUGCCAUGUAUAGAUGACCUUCUCUAUGGGACAUGUGGGGGCAGCAAUUUUCCAGACAGCUUCGCGUUCCAACUCAGUGAACAUGACCUGAUGAAGCUUGGUGAUGAAACUGGAAAACUGGUUCUAUCCGGUUUCACUUGGGGGGAUGGCUAUACGCAAUGCAUCGUUCAAAACGUCAUACUCUCCCUGGCAUCCAAAGAGCCGUUCAGCAAGCUUGUUUGCUAUGACCUGCUCUACGCCAAAAAUAAACCAGUUUCAGACGAAGUCAACGCAGUCAUAGCUGAGCUCUACGAUGAAAGCUUAAACAGAGGUCUUGAUCCGGUUAACAAUUUUGAUGAAAUCUCCCUGAUCCCAAAUUCCCAGAAACGCGAUGAAAUUGUACGAGUACAUAAGUACUUCGAUAAAAAUGAGAAAUUGCAUAAGCGUUACUGGGAUCCCUUCAAAGAUGGCAUUUUCCCAUACGGAUAUUACCCCCAAGAUGAUCCGUUUGCAAUGUCUCCAAAAUAUUUUAAUAGUCCCCAAGACCCUGUUGCUGAAUGGGAGAAUACCAGAAUUCCCUUAGAGGACUUGCAGCUUGUCAGGAAGUAUUUGGAAUCGACACGAAAGCCCACGUCUCACAGGUCCAAACUUUCCGAACUUCUAGAUUCAGGCUCACUUAACUUUCAGAGGGUGCUUAACAACAAUGGCCAAACAAGCAGCUAUGUCCGACCAAACAAUGAAUUCAGGGAUUUUGACAUACAGCCCAACAAUUUGUUAAAUGGCGAUGGACAACAGAUUGGAUUCUCUCAGCCCGAAGAGGUAAUUGAUUCUGGUGACCUUGGUUCUCCCAGUGACGACCUUGAAGAACUUGGUAACCCUGGUAAUCAAGCUGGUAUCCUUGAAGAUAUGUCGUUGCCACCUAAGUAUGCUAACAUUCUGGAUAAACUGAUCCGAGGUGAAACAAGUCCCCAUGACCUCAGUGAGAAGGAGUUGGAGUUCCUCACACCCUAUGUCACUGAGAUGCUUUACAGACUGAAUGCAGCAGAUGACUCAGAGCAAGAUCUGGGACACCCAGAAGCUCUUGGUGACCACCUUAGACCUUUUGGCAUAGAACAGGAAGACAUGAUGUCAGGUCCUGGUGUAAAAACUGACCCUGAACAAUCUGUUGUUAAGAGUGAUGACCAUGACCUUGAUACAAAGGUCAAUACGCUGUCAGAGUUAGAGUUGGAAAGUCAACUGUUCCAAAAGAAAUCCGCUAAAGGAGGAGAGAGCAGUGCAGUGCAGAAUGAAGACAUUGUGGACACAAACUUUGCCUUCAUUGAGAUGGACAAAGAACUUGACGUGCAAACUGCUGAGAAGUUGAUAGAAGCACUUGGAAAGAUAGUGGCAGCCAACCCUGGGACUCUUAACAACAACAUAGUUGAAGGCCGUAAGCUGAAGAUCAAGGUGGAUCCAGUUCUGGCAGGUGUGAAUGCAUCCUUUGUCGCACAGCAAGCCAGUGACCAUGAGAAAGAUCUAGAGGAUGCUACAGGCCUAAAGUUUGUGAAGUCUGGAAUUGGAAGUCUGACUGAGGUUGCCUACAAGGCCCAUGAUGACCGCUACUUCAUCCUUACAUUCGUCCUUUGUGGCUGCAUUGCUGGUAUCUUGCUGGCGGUGUUCGUUGUGUACCUGAUCAGGCGUAACUCGCGCUCCAAGGACAAACUGCAGCAGAUCACCGCUGGACCUGAGGGGAAUGCAGAGGCCGCUUCAAAGGAUUACCAGGACCUGUGUCGCCAGCGCAUGCAGAGCAAGUCCUCAGAGAAACCCGAGCCUCUCCACGCGGCAACCUCACGCAUGGGCAGUGUGUCUGAGGCCCAGGUACGCAGCCCAUCCAGCAGGAGCAGCACCUCAUCAUGGUCUGAGGAGCCAGUUAACUCCAACAUGGAUAUCUCCACUGGCCACAUUGUCCUGACGUACAUGGAGGAUCACCUGAAGAACAAGGACCGGCUGGACAGAGAGUGGGAGGCCAUGUGCGCAUACGAGGCUGACCCCUGCAGCUCCAAUGUCGCCACGGAGAUGGCCAACGCACGCAAGAACCGCUACUCUGAUGUGCUGCCGUAUGACCACUCGAGGGUUGUGCUGACCACUAACACCAACGUGUCUGGCUCCGACUACAUCAACGCCAGCACCAUUACGGACCAUGACCCUCGUAACCCUGCCUACGUGGCCACCCAGGGACCUCUUCCCCACACCGUGGCAGACUUCUGGCAGAUGGUGUGGGAGCAGGGAAGCGUGGUGAUAGUGAUGCUGACCAAACUGACGGAGACCGGCGAGGCUAAAUGCCACCGAUACUGGCCGGAGGAGGGCAGCGACCUCUACCACAUCUAUGAGGUGCACCUUGUCUCAGAGCACAUCUGGUGUGAGGAUUACCUGGUAAGAAGUUUCUACCUGAAGAACCUCCAGACCGGAGAGACGCGUACCGUGACCCAGUUCAAUUUCUUGACCUGGCCCGACCUCGGCAUCCCGACCUCCAUCAAGGCUCUCCUGGACUUCCGCAGGAAGGUAAACAAGUCGUACAGGGGCAGGUCCUGUCCCAUCCUGGUACACUGCAGUGAUGGAUGUGGCCGCACUGGAACCUAUUGUCUUAUUGACAUGGUCCUGAACAGGAUGGCUAAAGGGGCCAAGGAGAUUGACAUUGCUGCGACCUUGGAGCACAUCCGUGACCAGAGGGUCAGCAUGGUGAAAACUAAGGAGCAGUUCCAGUUUGCACUUGCUGCAGUGGCAGAAGAGGUGCAUGCCAUACUGAAGGCGCUCCCACAGUAGUCAUGUGACCAUAUUGCAGCCAACCAAUUGGUUGGCCUGCCUGUCACAUGACUCAGACUUUGAAUCUGAUUGGCUGUUUUGAAAUUUGCAAUGAAGUUUCUAAUGGACUGGAAUUUAGAACAUUCAACUAAAUAUACGUAUUGCAUGGUGUUGUUUGUGGCUGAAAUUUGUCAUUGUUACUGGAUAUCUAUUUUAUGAAAGUUGUUUCAUCAUAGCUAUUGUAAUUGCAUAAUAUGCUUUAUCAUACUUUUGGUUUCUAAAAAGUGUAUACCAAAAUUUCCAAAAAAAACAUGUUAUGACUUCAUAGGGCAAUGGCUAUUAAAAUAUUUCUUUUUGCUAUCAUUGAUUGUAUAGUAUCAGACAAUUUAAAACAGGAAACUUUGGAAAUUAAUGCUUUUAGAUAUAUUUUCUCAUUUCUACAAAAUGUUUUUUUCUUUUAUGUUUGAAGUAUUAGUGUUGUGAAUUUCAUUAUCUUCCUCAUCAUUUAAACUUCACUUACAUGACCAAAUCCCAGUAAACAUUCGCUGAUCUUGAUUAAUGGAUAUCAUUGUGAACACCUUAAAAAUAGUAGGUCCGUUAUUGGAAAUCACAAGAUUUUGUUAAGGAUUUGUUCUAUAAAAAGUGUUGUAUUCGAUUUGCUAAUUGUAAGCAAACACAUAAUAAAUGAACAAAAAUUGUUGACAUAAUUUAUUUCAAUAUUUGUUUGUUAUUUGAACUAUUGAACUAACGCUGAUGUUGAUGUUAAAUAUCAUUUACUGGUGUUAACACCAAAGAAUAUCUUGGAAACUGUUAUAUUAAUUAUUCAAAUAUGUUAAAUUGUUUUAUAUUUAAAUUCUAUUUAUUUUUUAAUUGAUUGUUACAAAGUCUUGUUAUUCUUAUGUGUGAUAAAUGCUUAAUUUUUAAUCUGAUCUUGUUGUGUGUUACAGAAAAUUAUAUACAUAAAAAAAUUGGUACCUAAAUUAAAUUUUUAGUAUAAAGAUGUUUAUUAUUUAGUUUGUAUUAGAUAAUAGUCUUUAUACAUUUACUCAAUUAAACAAGAUGUUGUUUUUUUUGUAUUUUAUUGAAUACUGUUAUUAUAGCCGUUAUCAAGUAACCUUUUACAAGUCUGUUUGAAUGAGAACAGCAGUACUGUAAGAAAAAAUAAAUGCCAAUUAUUUUUUAAUGGCUCCAUUUUAACCAUAACUAAUUUAGUUAUAAUUCAAAAUUAUUUUACUAAGUUAAAAGUAAUUUCUUCAUUUAACCCACAGCGCAAUUUUAUUUUUAUAAGAAUUUAUAAUUUUAUUAUUUUCUAUAGAUUUACAUGCCAAUAUAUUGGUUUCAAUACAAACAGAAUUUUUUUUAUAAUUUGAUUUUCCAAAAUUAAAUGGCCCUUUUGAUUUGUCUCCAUUUAAAUUAUUUUCGUAAAUAAACAUUUUAAUUAUCACUGUUUACCUCAUCUUGCAUUCUUUCUUGAAUACUUUGUCAAUGUGAACAUCAUACUUUUCGUUUGAAGUAUUUGUGUCAAUGUAUCCGCAUGUAUCAUGGUCUUUAAUCAUUCCAUGUUUUGUGUGAAUGUUGUAUUUCUUCAGUGUAAGGAGAGCAGAUUAAACAUAAUCACAAACUAAUUGAACUUUAAAAACUUUCUUGUUUCGGAAAAAAAUAAUGUGUAUGAUAAAUGAAGGGCCAGCGAACAAAAACUAAUAAUAGAAGUUUCUAUUUGUAUGAUAGAAAAAAAGCGGUCUGUAUAUUGGAAAAAAUAUUUUGUUCAGUAAAGAUAUCAAUAAAGUAAUAUUUGGGCAAU